AUGGCGCCUGAGCGCAUCCUCAUUUUAGGGAUACUGAAAACCUCCCUCCUUGCGCUGGCGUGUCAAGUCUACUUUGUCACCACCCUGGGAAAGCCAAUCUACCACUGUAUGUUCAACCGGAACGCGUAUUUGGAUUUCUUUUUGCGGAAGAUGUCUGAACACAACUUGACAUGGGAGUACAACUGCGCUGAUAGCAGCCAGCCAACUGACUCUGCACAGAUCCACGGUCCUCGGCCGCUGACCGCAUCUAAGGUCAAUAGCACGAGCGGUUCAAGCAAUACGUUCUACCCCAGCAAUCGAGUGUACUAG